AUGUCGAGCUCGGUCGAGAAGUCGGUCAAAGGCGGCACCAAGGUCAAGCUUGCGCCGCCCAAGUCCAAAUAUGUCGAACACAUCCUCCUGGCCACGUCUGGCGGCGAGGCCGGCGUCGCCGAGAUCUUCCGCACCCUGAAAGAGCGUCUACGCGACACCACCUGGACCAUCUGCUUCAAGGCUCUGAUCAUUGUACACCUGAUGAUCAAGGANGGAGAGCGCGAUGCCACCCUCAAGUACCUGGCCGCCGCGCCCAAGAACCGCCUGGCCAUCAACAGCUAUACCGAUGUCCAGACACAGGGCCAGAACAUCCGUCGAUACUCUAACUACCUCAUCCAGCGCGCAGAGUCGUUCGCCGACACGCACAUCGACCACAUCCGCAAUCCCGGUCGCUUGAAGACCAUUCCCAUCGCAAAGGGUCUGCUACGAGAGACGGAAGCAAUCCAGGACCAGAUUAGAGUCUUGAUCAAAUGCGACGUUCGUACCACGCACAGCACUGAAUAUCAAAAUCUGACACAGUACAGNCCUCUCGAGAACGAGCCCGAGAACGACAUUUCGUUGAUGGCAUUCCGCUUGCUCACCAAAGACCUGCUCGAUCUGUUCACUGCCAUGAACGAGGCCGUCAUGAACAUACUGAGUCAGUACUUUGGUGUUUCAACUCUGCUUCAGCCUUCUGACAUGAAACUUCACAGGNNCCAUUACUUCGAACUCUCGAAACCCGACGCCGAACAUGCCAUUGGCAUCUAUAAGACCUUUGCGAAGCAGACAGACCAAGUCGUCCAGUACCUCAGCAUCGCCAGACAAUAUGAACACAUCACCAAGUUGGAGAUCCCGAAGAUCAAGCACGCCCCUACGAGCCUAGCUCAGUCGCUGCAAGAGUACAUUGACGACCAUGACUUUGAAACCAACAGACGACAAUACCUGGCUGAACAGCAAGCAAAGUCUGGCAAACCGGUCAAACCCUCGAGAUCAGUCACCUUUGCCGAAGCCGAACCAAAACAAGAAAAGGCCGGUGCGCCUCAGCCUGCUGCCUCUCAGCCACCACCUGCAAAAGGCCCAGCUCCUGAUCUCAUCGACUUCUUUGGCUCCAUCGAGGACCAGCAACAACCCAUGGCUCAGGCUUCUACUCAGCAAUAUGCUCAACCAACCGGCCAGCCCUUUGGUCAGAUGUACGGUCAGCCCACAGCAGACCCCGCCUUCCAGACAGCUCAGUCGACGAAUCCAUUUGGUGCUCCUCAGCAAUCGCAAUUCAUGGCGCCUCCUACUGCUCAGCUCCAACCACAAUUCACGGGUGCCGGAUUUGGUGGUUAUGGUCCUCAACCCCAACAACAGGUGCAACCACAACAGACAGGCUUUGGUUCAAAUCCCUUCCAGUCGGCUGUGCAGCAACCCUUCCAGAGNCCCGCCCCCUCAGCAGCAGCAACAGUCGUCGUUCAUGCAGCAAGAUCCCUUUUCAUGCAGCAGCAACAACAACAACAACAAGACCCCUUCGCUAUGCAACAACAACCUCCACAAAUGCAGCCACCACCACAACAAGUUCAGCCACAAGCAACCAAUCCUUUCCGCCAAUCAAUGAUGCCUACUGGUCAGAUGAACGGUUUCAUACAACCACAGCAGACGGCUCAGCCUCAGCAGCGUCAGACCAGUAACCCCUUCGCGAGGCAGCCACCUCAACAAGACUCUAUGCAAACCGGCUUCCAACAGCAGCAGCCAUUACAAGCCCAGCCCACAGGAACGAAUCCCUUCGCGAAGCAAUCUCCUCAAAUCUCUCAGCCAACUGGACAGUCAGCAUCAUUUCUGACUCCCGCAGCUACUGGCAGUACAAAUCCAUUCAGGCAGUCCAUGUUUGUCAAUCAACAGACUGGUCAAGGUUGGCAAAACACACCUCAAGCAAGCAUGGGAGGAUGGGAGCAGCUGGAGACUGUCCCUAUCUUUCCUCGUCCCGGACAAUAG